UGGGGUUUUUUAUUUUAUUUUAAACGAAUAAGGUUGGUGGUGGUGAUGAUGACCUGUGACCUGCCUUGGCCGCUGCCUCUGCCUCGGCCGUUCCUCUAGUAAGAUGGCGGCAGAGAGCAUGUCGGUGGCCGGGAGGAGCGGCGGCGGCGGCAACAUGAUGAUCGGGGGGACCAAGAGGCUGGCCCCGGCCCCGGGCCCCGAGCUUCAGGAGCAGCUUCCCGUCUUUGAAAAUCCUGUACUUGUGGAGGAUGGAGAUGACUUGACAGACAGCGACGAGAGCCUUUUCUCUGGCUUGGACGACUCGGGGAGUGACAGCAGUGAUGAGGGAGGAGGUGGUGACGGUGAUGAAGAUGACGAUGGUGAUGAUGAUGACGGUGACCAUAAGGAGGGAAAGAAUGAUGAAGACAACGACAGUGGAGUUGAAGAGAAGAAGAGCACGAAGGACAAGCUAAGCAAGCGGGAGAGCAAGAUCAGUAAAGCUGCCAGGAAAGAGAAGUUGGCAGAGUCCGAGCACAUUUUGAAGCCAGAGCACCUGGGCCUUACCCCUCCAGCCGAUGAGUACGAACAUGACACUUCAGAUGAAGAGGAUAUCCGGAAUACUGUGGGCAAUAUCCCUAUGGAAUGGUACAAAGACUAUCCACACAUCGGAUAUGACCUAGAUGGAAAGAAAAUCUACAAACCAAUCCGAAAUAAGGAUGAACUGGAUGAAUUUCUGGAUAAAAUGGAGAAUCCGGAUUACUGGCGUACUGUCCCAGAUAAGAUGACCGGCACUGACAUCCGACUCACAGAUGACCAGAUAGAUCUUGUCCACAGGCUACAGAAGGGACAGUUUGGAGACGCCAAGUUUGAUCCCUAUCAGUCUUCCAUCGACUUCUUUACCCACGAGACCAUGAUCCACCCGGUGACCAAUCACCCAGCUCACAAACGCAGCUUCAUCCCAUCGCUCAUCGAGAAGGAGAAGGUGUCGAAGCUGGUGCAUGCGAUCAAGAUGGGCUGGAUCAAGCCCCGCAAGCCACGGGACGACACACCGCAGUACUACGACCUGUGGGCCAAGGAGGAUCCCAACGCAAUCCUGGGCCGCCAUAAGAUGCACGUUCCCGCACCAAAGCUCAAGCUCCCCGGGCACGAAGAGUCUUACAACCCCCCGCCCGAAUACUUGCUAACGGACGAAGAGCGACUGGCCUGGGAGCAGCAGGAGCCCGAGGAGCGGAAACUCAACUUCCUCCCCAAGACGUUUGGGUCGUUGCGCGCCGUGCCGGCGUUUUCACGCUUCAUCCACGAGCGCUUUGAACGCUGCCUGGACCUCUACCUCUGCCCGCGGCAACGCAAGAUGAGGGUGAACGUGGAUCCAGACGAUCUGAUUCCAAAGCUUCCCAAGCCGAAGGAUCUGCAGCCGUUCCCCACUACUCAGGCGCUGGUUUACACAGGGCACACCAACCUGGUGCGUUGCAUCAGCGUCUCACCCAGUGGCCAGUGGUUGGCAUCAGGCUCGGAUGACCACACCGUUCGUUUCUGGGAGGUCUCCACGGCCCGCUGCGUGAAGACCAUCGAGGUGGAAGGGGCAGUGAAGAGCAUCGCGUGGAACCCGAACCCUGCCCACUGUCUGGUGGCUUUAACUGUUGAGCAGUCUGUGAUCAUCAUCAACCCCAGCCUGGGUGACCGGCUGCUGUAUAGUGCGACGGAUCAGCUGAUGGCCGCCUUUGAGAAGCCGGAGGAGGAGGCCCCUCAGCCGGCCGAGUGGGCAGCUGCAGAGGGAGAGGCCUACGACACAGGCUUCCGUCUCACCAUCACGCACAACAAGAUGGUGAAGCAGGUGACGUGGCACGGCAAGGGUGACUACCUGGCCACGGUGAUCCCCGACAACGGCAACGCCCAGGUGCUGAUCCACCAGCUGAGCAAGCGGCGCAGCCAGAACCCCUUCCGCAAGAACAAGGGGCUGGUGCAGUGCGUCAGCUUCCACCCUGUACGCCCCUUCUUCUUCGUGGCCACCCAGCGAUACGUGCGCGUCUACAAUCUGCUCAAGCAGGAGCUGACCAAGAAGCUGAUGGCCAACUGCAAGUGGGUGUCCAGCAUGGCCAUUCACCCCGGCGGUGACAAUGUGAUCUGUGGGAGCUACGACAGUCGCCUGGCCUGGUUCGACCUGGACCUCUCCACCAAGCCCUACAAAGUGCUCAGGCAUCACAAGAGAGCUUUACGAGGAGUAGCGUUCCACAAACAUUACCCGCUGUUUGCCUCCGCCUCCGAUGAUGGCACCGUCAUUGUCUGUCAUGGAAUGGUUUACAGUGACCUGCUGCAGAACCCGCUGCUGGCCCCGGUGAAGUUGCUACGUGGUCACCAGAUCACCCGCGACCUGGGAGUACUCGACGUCCUCUUCCACCCCACCCAGCCCUGGCUCUUCUCCGCCGGCGCAGAUGCCACCAUUCGCCUCUUCACCUAGAGCUCCCCAUGCCCCACGCCGGGCCGGUUCACCGCAACACGCCAGGCUGGGGGGGAGAGACGGCACGGACUAACAGCGAGGGCACGAACCGGACCCAUCAUUAUCACCGCGUGGUUACCGAGGACCCUGCCGGAUCUGCGUUGCGGUCAUUCCCCAACCCCUGGCCCUCAGAUGCCGAGCUGCCCAGCCGGAUCACAGCCACAACACCGUCCCCUCGUUAUCCCACCGCACCCCCUCCUCACAAUCCAGCCUGGGGGACAGUGCACUGUGGUGAACCAAAGCCUCACCUAAAGCCUGGAGGUGUGACUGCCCCUUCCCCACCCCUCCCCACACUCCUCCCCCAACCCCACCCCUCUCCCCCUCCACCAAACCCCCCCCCUCUCCCCAACCCCACCCCUCUCCCCAACCCCACUGCUCCCCCCCUCCACCACCCCUCGCUUCCCCUCUCCCCCCCCGCCUCCACCACCCCUCCCCCAUCUCCCACACCCCUCCCCUCACCCCUCUCUUCCCUCCCCCCCCUCCUCUAGAGAUGCUGGCUCACACUGAAGAUAGACAUACAGUGCUGGAGUAACUCAGCGGGUCAGGCAGCAUCUCUGGAGAACAUGGAUAGGCGACCUUUCUGGUCGAGACCUUUCCUCAGACUGCAAGAUGGAGAUGGAGGGGACUGGAAGCGUGAACCCCCCCCCCCCCCCCUCCAUCUCCUGACCCAAAGCGUCAACUACUUCCAGAGAUACUGCCUGGCCCGAUGAGUCACUCCAGCACUGUAUCUGUGUCUGUCUUUGUCCUCCCCCUUCGGCCCAUCGCAUCCGCUCCAGUUUAUAAACGGCUGACAACAUUAGUUUCAAUCCAGCUUCAGCGGAGACAGAGUUGCUCUCCUCCUCACUCUGGCCUGGGACUGUCAGCCCUGACUGGGACUAGGUGAGCCCCCCAUUGUACCAGCCACACACAGCUGUGGGUCCCAGCCUGCCACCGUUACUGCCGGGAGAAUGAGCCACGCACGCACGGCUUGUGAAAUGGAUAUAUUUAGAGCAGAUAUACAUAUUAAACCUCUGUAUCAUUGGCCCACAUAUUUUCUCUUUGAUUUACAGUAAUGCAGCAAUCCGCCGUGUUAUUAUUAAAGAUAUUUCUGUA